AUGAACUUAGUCCCAUACUUCUUGAGCCUGACAAGUCGAGCCAUCACCGACUACGGAGCGCAUCUGGAAGGUUUACAAUUGAAAAACAACUGGACAGCUGCCUACGGAGCUUCAUAUUGGAUGGCUGAGCUUGGUCGUGCAUCGCCAGCUUCAACACCACCCGGCUUCCUGCUGCCAGAGCAUAUACUCGACACUCAGUUCCCAGUGUGGCGAGUUUGGGCCAAUUGGAGGCCAGACUUACGACUGUUGCAACUUCUAAGCUCCAUAGAGAGUGACAGCGCGGCGAUGCUCUCGGAUCUGUUUGCUUUAGAAGGCCCCGACUUUAUCUGUGGGACAAGAGCUACAUUGCGGGAAGGUUUGGUUGAGCAGUACGAACCGGGACGAGGCUUCGCCAAAUUCAGGGCAUUACUCAUAGAAGUGCCCAGUCGCACAAAAGAGGGUUUGAGGGAGGUGCUGGAAAGCGCCAUCUCAAUUCUGGUAUCGAUUUUGACCACAGCAGGGCCAAAUCGCUCCCAGGUGAUAAGAUUUUUCUCGGAAAUUGCAAUUUCUCGGACCAUGACGCAAGAAGCUUUGAAUCUUGUGCAAGCCGUUUUAUUCAUGUCAGGAGGCACCAAGUCGAGCCUCGGACCCGAUUACACAGAUCCUGUGCUUCACAUCUAUAUUCACCGCGAUGAACUCGAUGGAAGCCAUAUCCAGGAAUUACAAGGGCUCAUACAAUUGUUUGACCAUGAUCGCUCAUCUAACCUCCGCAGAAUCCUUUUCACGCCCACUCUACUACAAGGCAUCACUCGAUGCAUCCACGACGGUCAGACGGCUAUCAACACGCUCAUCAAACAAGAACAGCCAUGGGCAGAGCUCGCUAUUGAGUUGCAUACCUUUUGCACUGUAAUCAAGCAGUCCAAGAGUGUACCGGUGGUGGGAGAGAAGAUUAUCGAAUCACUGUGCUUGUUGCUGCCGUCUUCGGCGCAUAUGAUGAUCGCCAUUGAUAUCCAUACCGCUGCACAUGCUCAAAGAAAGAUCGAUCGUCAUCAGUCUACCGUUACAGCCGAGUUAACAUGGAACUUGAGGUCCAAAAAUGAGCACUGCCAGCGGGUCGCAGCCCCUUCAUAUCUUACCGGCCAGACAGAAGAACCAAAACACUCUCUGGAGGAAGUUGUGGAGCAUUACAUCUCGCACCGGAUCCUCUUAGGACCAGCCCCUAGCUACAUCUCGCAACGUACCUUCGAGUCGAUCUUACGGGUGUGGGAAGGAUCAUUCGCACCCAAGCUUACCCAGGAGCGACGAUCAUUGGGGGUAUUGGUAGCGGGUGUCACACACGAGAACGCGAAUCUUCGUAUCAGAUGUCUCAACGGGCUUGCUUCAACCGAGGAGCACCUAGGUCCUGGUCUACUUGUUCGAGAUCUCCUGACGAUAUUGAGGGCCAUGGGAAGAAGUCCUCAACAGAGCAUUGUGGAACUCGUACGGCUGCUGGCAAGCUGUCCUACCUCCCAGGACUUCAAAGCGCAACUUCUCUGUUGGCGAGACCUGGCAUACCAUUUGAUUGCGCAAGAGACUCGCGCUAGCAUCUUCGAGGGCGUGAGCCUUCUCGACCAUACUCUCGACACUAUGACAUCAUCAGAGUGGCUGUCAUUUAUGACCGACGUACAGUCCGUAUUCGUUUCUGGUCCGGCAUUGCCCCAAGACGAUGAUGCUGUGCCACUGAUACUACGACUCGGAUUGCAAAAGCACUGUGCUGAGUUGACGCCUUGCAAUAAAACUCUUACACGGCUCGAGAAAGCGUUAGGCUAUGGAAGUGAAGCAAUAAGAUACAUACUGGGAUGCACUAAGAACGAUAGGGAGGUCUCACAGUGUGUUUGUGUCAUUCUCGAUGCGUCUACAGAAACUGCAGAGGUGUGCAGCAAUAUAUGGGAUGCGAAACACGGCUUCUUGAUGAUUCCAGGACUCCCAAGCUGCAGCCAACCGCCUGCCUCUGCCAACUUACUGAGCAUCGAGCAUACCGACCUCCAUGUCUCGAGAGAUAAACUUGCGGAAGCAACAAAGUUUUGGCAAAAAAUUGAAGAUGAGUUGAUUCAAGAAGCAGACAGACUGGGACACCUGCAGAAGGCACUGAAGAGGAAGGAUCCUCCAGGCACGUCCCUACUUCUGCAACAAAUUGGUAUGCCCGAUACGGUUGAACUCGAUGAAGAAAUCUCAAAGCUCCCCGUCGGAGUUAUGAAUUCGGUGGAAAGAAUUGGUGACAACGAAAUCGAGUUUACAUUCUCAUUAGCGGCCUUCACGCAAUUGCAACGUGGUGCCAUGGGCAUUCCGGAAGCCGCUAAUACGAUUAUGCUUCAGAUAUUGCUUGACUCAAAUAAGGAGUCACCCCCAGCAUUUUGUUUGCAUUACGAUAUCGACCAACACAUGGAGACAACACCGCACACAAGAUACAGCUGCUCAGAAGGAUCCGAGAGUCCUACAAAACAAAUAUGCACAUCUAAACAGACAGGACUCACGUGGCAGUUGGGUCGAAUCAUCUACUCCAAGCUGCGUAAAGGAGAAACGGGGAUCAACGACAUCCAUGGGCAUGUGACGGCAUCGCUGCCUGGCAUACCACGACAUUGCGCGUCAUGCACUACCACACAAGAACCGACACCAGCCCAUUUUCGUCGCUCUACACCCUGCGAUCUCACUCUUCAUACCUGCGCCCGGCUCUGGUAUUCCAUUCCUCUUCACGUCCGCAUACCCGAGAUCCGAACUGACACAUUCGCCGUGGACAUGGCCCUGUCUUCCAUCUACGCAGCAGCAAUGAGCUCCAAGCCUGAACUUCUUCCCAACUGCCCUAUCCGCGGUAUCGAGCUUGUCAAGUCUAUACUCAACUCCUUACCCACCAUGCGGAUCAUGCGAGACGCCGUUGACCUCUCCUCCGUACUCAAGUCUUACCACCCACAAGCCGAGAAGCUCAUAUCCUGGGCCGUCGUUCACCAUCGCGGCUUCCUGGCCACGGCAACUGGGCUCCUCAAGAUCCCCAACCUCCCACAAGGAACACACCAAUUCGUGCUAGCCAACGCAAGCUCCAAGCUUGAGAGUGCGUUCGUACGCAAAAUCCAGACGACGAAAAAGGACACCAUGGCACUCUUCCACGGCACAUCUCUCGAUCGGCUCCCAGCUAUCCUUGCUCAAGGUCUGCGCGUCUGCUCAGGCACACCGCUGCAGCGUACGGGCGCCGCGCACGGCAAGGGGAUAUACCUCUCGGAUGAUCCUUCAACGAGCUUUUACUACAGCGCUGCAAGUCUGAGCUGGAAGAACAGUGGACUGAGCAACAUGCGGAUGUUGCUGGGAUGUGAGCUUGUAGGUAGUGCGAGCAAGGUCAGUGGAGCAAUCCAUCUUGUGACGGAUGUGGAGAGUGUGAUUGUGAGGUACAUCUUGAUGUUUACAAGAGACGCGACAAUGCCGAUUCGAGGGCAUGUGGAGCCUGCUAUGGCGAGUGGCAUGAGGGCGUUGAGGAGCGGCGCCGUGUAGCCCACUGCCUUGUUUGAAAGCUUUGUGUCUGUAGCAUUUGUCUAGCAAUUGUAGUCUUUC